UCCACAUUCUUUUUCCUGCUUUCAUCUCCCUUUUGCUUGUCAUGGCCUCCAACGCCAUGACCGGCGGCCUUGUUGCUGGUUCUCACACCCGAAACGAACUCCAUGUUUUGCCCAGUGGUGACGAGCAACGGCCUCCAACCCGUCAGUCGGCAUCAAAAAUUUGCAGAGUUUGUGGCGAUGAGAUUGGAUACAAAGAAGAUGGUGAGUUGUUUGUGGCGUGUCAUGUGUGCGGCUUCCCCGUUUGCAGGCCAUGUUAUGACUAUGAAAGGAGUGAAGGGAACCAGAGCUGUCCUCAGUGCAACACUCGCUAUAAGCGCCAUAAGGGAUGCCCUAGAGUUGCUGGAGACGACGACGACAACUUCGAUGCAGAUGAUUUUGAUGAUGAGUUUCAGCUUAAGAAUCGCCAUGAUGAUUCCGAUAGGCAGCAUGUCACCGUCCAUUCGGAAAAUGGGGACUACAAUCACCCGCAGUGGCAUCCUACUGGUUCUUUUGCAGGAAGUGUUACUGGUAAGGAUUUUGAAGGCGAGAAAGAUGCCUACAGCAAUGCAGAAUGGAAAGAAAGAAUAGAGAAGUGGAAAGUCAGGCAAGAAAAGAGAGGUUUGGUGAACAAAGAUGAUGGAAAUAAUGAUCAAGGCGAAGAAGAUGACUACCUUUUGGCUGAAGCCAGGCAACCGCUGUGGAGGAAAAUACCAAUUGCCUCAAGUCAAAUCAGUCCAUACCGCAUAGUCAUUGUUCUCCGGCUCUUCAUUCUUGUUUUCUUCCUCCGCUUUCGAGUUAUGACUCCAGCAUAUGAUGCUUAUCCCCUGUGGCUCAUCUCUGUAAUCUGCGAGAUAUGGUUUGCCUUCUCUUGGAUUCUUGACCAAUUCCCUAAGUGGUUCCCCAUCACCCGAGAGACUUACUUGGACCGCUUGACCAUGAGGUUUGAGCGUGAGGGAGAACCAAACCGUUUAUCCCCAGUUGAUGUUUUUGUGAGUACUGUCGACCCUCUUAAGGAACCGCCAAUCAUAACUGCAAACACUGUUCUUUCCAUCUUGUCUGUCGAUUACCCUGUUGAGAAGGUGAGCUGUUAUGUGUCGGAUGAUGGUGCAUCAAUGCUCCUUUUUGAUACACUAUCAGAAACUGCUGAGUUUGCAAGAAGAUGGGUGCCAUUUUGCAAGAAAUAUAGUGUUGAGCCAAGAGCCCCUGAGUUUUACUUCUCUCAGAAGAUUGACUACUUGAAAGACAAGGUGCUGCCCAGCUUUGUAAAGGACCGCAGGGCUAUGAAAAGAGAGUAUGAAGAGUUCAAGGUAAGGAUUAAUGCAUUGGUGGCAAAGGCUACAAAGAAACCAGAAGAAGGAUGGGUGAUGCAGGACGGUACCCCGUGGCCAGGAAACAACACUCGCGAUCAUCCCGGCAUGAUUCAGGUAUAUCUUGGAAGUGAGGGUGCACUAGAUGUGGAAGGUAAGGAGUUGCCACGGCUAGUAUAUGUUUCCCGUGAGAAACGUCCAGGCUAUCAACACCACAAGAAAGCUGGUGCCAUGAAUGCUAUGGUUCGAGUUUCUGCAGUGCUUACCAAUGCACCUUUCAUGUUGAAUCUGGAUUGUGAUCACUACAUCAACAAUAGCAAGGCUGUAAGGGAAGCCAUGUGCUUUUUGAUGGAUCCCCAGCUCGGAAAGAAACUCUGCUAUGUCCAGUUUCCUCAAAGAUUCGAUGGCAUUGAUCGACACGAUAGAUAUGCUAAUCGCAAUAUUGUGUUCUUCGAUGUUAACAUGAAAGGCUUAGAUGGCAUCCAAGGUCCAGUGUACGUCGGCACUGGAACUGUCUUCAACAGACCGGCAUUGUAUGGCUAUGAUCCACCGGUGUCUGAGAAGCGGCCGAAGAUGACAUGUGACUGCUUGCCUUCGUGGUGCUGCUGCUGUUGUGGUGGUUCAAGGAAGUCAAAGCCAAAGAAGAAAGAUGAAAGAGGCCUGCUUGGGAGAAUCUACAACAAGAAGAAAAAAAUGAUGGGGAAGAACUAUGUGAGGAAAGGGUCAGGAUCCAUGUUUGAUCUUGAAGAUAUUGAAGAAGGGCUUGAAGGCUAUGAUGAGUUGGAGAAAUCAUCACUUAUGUCACAAAAGAAUUUUGAGAAACGUUUUGGACAAUCACCAGUGUUCAUUGCUUCCACUCUUAUGGAAGAGGGUGGCCUUCCUGAAGGAACUAGUCCAACAUCACUUAUUAAGGAGGCCAUUCAUGUUAUCAGCUGUGGCUAUGAAGAGAAAACGGAAUGGGGCAAAGAGAUUGGGUGGAUAUAUGGUUCUGUCACAGAAGAUAUUUUGACAGGCUUCAAGAUGCACUGCAGAGGAUGGAAGUCAGUGUACUGCAUGCCAAAGAGACCAGCUUUCAAGGGGUCAGCUCCAAUCAAUCUAUCAGAUCGUUUGCACCAAGUUCUGAGAUGGGCUCUCGGCUCUGUUGAAAUUUUCCUUAGUCGCCAUUGCCCUCUAUGGUAUGCUUAUGGAGGAAAGCUGAAAUGUCUGGAGAGAUUGGCUUACAUUAACACCAUUGUUUACCCUUUCACUUCCAUCCCUCUGCUUGCAUACUGCACCCUUCCAGCCGUCUGCCUUCUGACUGGAAAAUUCAUCAUCCCGACUCUGACAAACCUUGCUAGCAUAUAUUUUAUGGCUCUUUUCCUCUCCAUCAUAGCAACGGGCAUUCUUGAGCUCAGAUGGAGCGGCGUGAGCAUUGAAGACUUGUGGCGUAAUGAGCAAUUCUGGGUGAUCGGUGGCGUCUCAGCGCAUCUCUUUGCUGUCUUUCAAGGCCUCCUCAAGGUCCUUGCUGGAGUUGACACCAACUUCACUGUGACAUCCAAGUCAGCUGAUGAUGCAGAGUUUGGGGAGCUCUACCUAUUCAAAUGGACAACCCUUCUCAUCCCACCAACCACUCUUAUAAUUUUGAACAUGGUGGGAGUUGUGGCCGGAGUUUCCGACGCCAUUAACAACGGCUAUGGCUCAUGGGGUCCGUUAUUCGGGAAGCUGUUUUUCGCCUUCUGGGUCAUUGUGCAUCUUUAUCCUUUCCUCAAAGGUCUAAUGGGAAGGCAAAACAGGACUCCUACCAUAGUAGUACUUUGGUCUGUACUGCUUGCAUCAAUUUUCUCAUUGAUUUGGGUUCGAAUUGAUCCUUUCUUGCCUAAGCAAACCGGACCAACCCUUAAACAAUGUGGGGUGGACUGCUAGACAUGCUUUGAUUCACCUUUCCCUUUACAUGAUUCCCAUUAUAGUUUAUGCCUCUUGUUGUUUGUUUCAAUCUUUCCUAAGCUUCCAAAGAGAGUUUGUUGUGAAUAGUCAUUUCAGAGAGAUUUUGUUGGUAAUGUACAAAAGGGGAGCCCCUGGCAUAUUCACUUACAAAUAUUAUAAGAAACACUU